UAAUAUUUCAUUAUUAUUAUAUAGAUAUAUUGUUUUUAAUUAUUCAAAUUUUAAAAUUUGCCGCCACGUUAUUAUUCGACAUCUCGAAGAUCGAUCGAUUUAUCUGUUUUUUAUGUUCUAUUUUCGACGAUCAAAAAUUUUUAUAAAUAUUUUAUAUCAUCCAUCAAUAUCAUCAACAUCAUCAUCAACAUUAUUAUUAUUAUUAAUUAUUAUUUAAUCAUUAAUUUUAUCAUUUCGUUAUUAUUUUAUAUAUAUAUAUAUAUAUAUGUUUUUUUUUCCCCAAGUAUAAUAAUUUUUAUAUUUGCCGUAUCAUUUUAUCCAUAAUCUCGAAGAUCGAUCGAUUUAUCACUAUCAUUUUCUACAUCGACGUUCGAAAUCUUUCAUGAAAAUUCUUCCUUUUUUAAUCGAUCAUCAUCAUCAUCAUCAUCAUCAUCAUCAUCAUCAUCAUCCACCAUCAUCAUCCAUCAUCUAUCAUCAUCAGCAUCAUCCAUCUUCCAUCAUCAUCAUCCUUCAUCAUCAGCAUCAUCCAUCAUCCAUCAUCAUUAUCCUUCAUCAUUAUCCAUCAUCAUCAUCAUCAUCAUCAUUAUUAUUAUUAUUAUCAUUAUUAUUAUUUUAGUAUAUCAAUAUAUGUUCUCUUAAUAUGUCGAACAGUAACGAUCGAAUAGAGAAAGAGAAAGAAAGAGAAAGAAAGAGAAAGAAGAAAAGAGAGAGAGAGAGAGAGAGAAAGAGAGAAAUGAACAGACUGACAGACAGAGAGAGGAAAAAAAAAGGAAAAAAGAAAAAGGCAUUAGCAAUGCUAGUUCCCAACUAGUUCUCUCUCUCUCUCUCUCUCAUUCUCUCUUUUUCUCUCUCUAUCUCUUAUCCCUCGAUCAUACGUGGCUUCCUUCAUCCAUAUAUCGAUUAUUGUGCGAUAGGGGUCAGUAGUGGAGAGUUGUGUUUAAGUCGACGGAGUCCGAUACAUCGUAGUUUCUUUUACUUCGACAGUCGUAACGUGACAACACCACAUAAAAUAAUAGAAUAUAAAAGGGAAGAAAAAUAUAAUAGAGUUGACAUAAGUAAUACAUAUGUACAUUUAAUUUAUCGUUAGAGAAAAAUAUAUAUAUAUAUAUAUAUAUAUAUAUAUAUAUAUAUACAUAUAUAUAUGUGUAUAUAUAUAUAGAGAGAGAGAGAAAGAGAGCAAGGAAAUAGUUGAGGGCCUAACUUUGGAACAUGUACAUUUUUUAAAUAGGAUUUGUUUUCUUAUAACGAUCUUCGGCUGUCAUCAUGAAGCGUCAACAAAUCACUUUGGAUUUUUCAAAUAUGGUGUACACCGCUUUCUCCUAUUUGGCAUUAGCCGGAGCAGUCUGGAUUUUCUUGAGACUACUUCAGGCAUGCUUUUGGCUUCCUCGGCAUUUGAAGAAACAAAACAACGUACAACAAAUGUUGCAAGAUAAGGUGGACAGUUAUGAAAAAUAUAUACUCGAAUGCGAAGAGAAGGAGAAAACGAUGAUAUUGGACGGAGAGAGUACGGAAGAGCAAAAUGUCGACAUUACGAAGAAAUGGUUGGAACGUAGAGAAUGUUUGGAAAUGUUGAAGCAAGAAUUGAAGAAGAUAGAAAAUGGCGAUGAGAUCAAUUAUGAAGAUUAUCUUUCGGAAUUAGACGAGGAGGUGAAGGAGGAAAUGAAUGAGAAGGAAAUGAAGAAGGAUAAGGAAGAUGGAAAGGGGAAAAAAUGUGAGAAAGAAGAGGAAGCGAUGAUGACGGAAAUAGGAGAGGUAAAAAUCUCUGAGAAGGGAAGAAAAUGUAACGAUAAGAAAUCGUCGGGCAAACAUGACGAUGCACCGUCGAAAAUAUCCGAAGAUAUGGAUUUAUUGAUCGGUAAAAAAGAAAAUGAAGAGAAAGAGGAAAAGAUGACAAAGAAAGACAAAUAAUAUAUAUAUAUAUAUAUUUCUUUAUCCUUUUAUCUUCAUUCGACUAUUUGAUCUUGUGAUUUUAAUUAUUUAUUUAUUUUUUUUUCUUGAGAAUUUCUUUUGCAUUCUCUCUUUCUCUCUCUCUCUUUUUUUUUAUCAUAUAAACCUUUCGUAUUUCAGCACAAAAGGAAGAGGUUCCUUCGACCUUACGUUUCCUUAUUUUUUUUUCUUUUUUUUAAUGUUGUCCUUCAUAAAAUAAAUUAUUUUAUAAAAUUUUAACGAAGUAACGACUUUUGAAAUAUCAUCGCAGCAAUAAUUCGUAAUCUCUAUAAUUCUCUUUCUUUCUCUUUCUCCGUUUCUUUUUCUCUCUGCUCAUUCUCUGUCAUGGCGGCCGUUUAGCCGAUUUAUCAAGAAAAAUGUAUUUUUUAUAUACGACACUUUGUAAUAAAAAGAAAAGUGUAUAUAGAUGAUAUAUUAUAGAAAUGUAUAAUAAUGAUAUAUAAAUAUAUAAGACGAGAGU